AUGAAUAGGAAAAUAAAUAUUUUUAAAAAUUAUUAAUUUAUUUACCUCUUAUUGAAUAAUAUCUAUUUGCUGUUACUCUUGGGGUCUCCAGUAAAAAGAGAAAAAUUUUUGAAGUUAUUAAAGGAGGGAGAUUGCUUCUAUUGUUAUUCAUUCUAGAUUCGUUCAAUUAAAUGCUAUGAGAAAACUGCUAUAUUUCAUUGCUGUGUUGGCGCUUAAGAAAUGUUAGGACUUAAAUAAGUUGAAAAGGGCUUAAUGGAGAAUUAGAGACUAAAUGAAUGGAUGUAAAUUUAUUUUUAGAAGACUGAAAUUACUUUAAAAGGAACUCCUGAUUAAAACAUAUUGGUUAAUCUAGAUUUAAAAUAUAUGAUCUAGAUGGUUUCUUUUGAGAUAAUUUGGCAUCUAAGUGUGACCAUCAAGAAAACCAAAUAGUUAAAUAGAUUAAUAAUAAAAUCAAGAAUUAUAACAAUAUCAAACUGA